GGAGAAGUGUGCACUAAACUUUUGUGAUUUGUAAAUAAAAUUCGUAAAAUCAUAGAAAUAAUUAAAAUGUUGGCUUUACGCACAACUUUAUCAAGAAGUAGGAGAACUUUUAAUUUUGUGAGUUCAGUGAUAAAUAACAAUUUAGUAUCGAAAACGAAUUGCGCAGCAAAUUCCACAAAAUAUGCCGCACAACACGCAUCCCUGCUAUCACAACAACAAAGGUGUUAUGCCUCUAAAGUAACAGAAGACGAAUUAAAAAGUCAACAACGCAUUUACUAUGGUUCAUUGGCACCACGCAUGAAGGUAGUGAAAUUCUUCUCACUUUCCACAAGUUUAGCUGGUUUAGUAGCGCAACCAAUACUUUUAGAACAAGGAUUGAAAAUUGGUGGCACUGGUAUGGCGGUACUUCUGUGUACAAUUGGUGGUUUCUUCACUUUUGUUACACCAGUGCUGUUACAUUUCGUCACCAAAAAAUAUGUAACUGAAAUACAUUAUAAUCCAAAAACUGAAGAAUAUACCGCAACAACCAUUUCGAUUAUUUUAAGAAAAAUUUAUACUAAAUUUCGUGUCGGUGAUGUGAAAGUUCCCGAAGUACCUGGUAUGUUCACUUCAUUUACUGUCGACAAAAGGCCACUUUUCGUUGAUCCAUCAAUGUUUGAUGAUCCAGAGCACUACGUGCGUAUGAUGGGAUAUGAUAAACCAAUUGACUUUAAAUUAGAAAUUAACGACCUUGAUUUAAAAUCACAAAAAGCGAAAAAAGAAAAACAGUAAUAUUGAUUAUGUAGUUAGUGUUAAUAUUGUAAAUAUUUAUUUGAAAAUAUUAAAUAAAAUUAUUUUAACUUA